AUGUCUAUUGAAAUUGAAUCUGAAGACGUGAUUCGUCUCUUGCUUCAAUUUUUAAAAGAAAACAAUUACCCUGAAGCAGCUCAAACACUUGAAAAUGAAACAACUGUCAGAAUCAACACGCUGGAGAACAAGGAAGCAUUCAUCAAAGAGAUCAAACAGGGACAAUGGGACACAGUAUUGAAGCGUACCGCAGAUCUCAAAAUCCCUCCACGAAAGCUCAUGGAUUUGUACGAGCAAGUUAUCUUGGAGCUUGCUGAACUACGUGAAUUGAGUGCAGCCAGAACACUGCUUCGACAAACAGAGCCCAUGUUUAUACUUAAACAAAGACACCCGGAAAGAUAUUUGCGACUAGAGCAUACAUUGUCCCGUUCCACGUUUAAUGCCAAAGACAACUACCCUCCAGGCAUGACGAAAGAAAAGAAAAGAAGCGCAAUUGCGCAAGCUUUAGCGAAUGAAGUUGCUGUGGUAGAACCCGCUCGAUUGAUUACACUGUUAGAGGAUUGUGUAAAGUGGCAACAGCAUCAAGGCUUACUGCCAUUAGACUCAGAAUUUGAUCUGUUUCGUGGAUCCGAUCAAGUGCAAGAGGCUGAAAAUGAUGCUUUUGCAAAUAACAACUAUACAAAUAUCAAGUUACCCGGGAAAAAGACAUAUACAGAAUGCACCGCCUUUUCACCAAAUGGAUUAUAUUUAGUAUCCGGAUCAGUAGAUGGAUUCAUCGAAGUGUGGAAUUAUUUGAGUGGCAAAUUGAAGAAAGAUUUAAAAUAUCAAGCAGAAGAAAACUUGAUGGCCAUGGACCAAGCUGUCAUUUCAUUGAGUUUCAGUGCAGAUAGCGAGAUGCUUGCAUCAGGAUCUACAGACGGAAAAAUUGCAAUCUGGAAAGUGCAAACUGGAUUUUGCACAAGACGAUUCUCACCUGCUCACAGUCAGGGUGUCACAUCGCUUUGCUUCAAUAAGGACGCUAGUCAGAUAUUGAGUUGUAGUUAUGAUCACUCUAUCAAGAUACACAAUAUCAAAUCCGGCAAGCUAGUGACAUCUUUUGAGGGACAUACUUCAUUUGUGAAUUCAGUCUUGUAUAAUGCAGACAAUACACAGGUGAUUACAGCCAGUAGUGAUGAAACUAUCAAGAUUUGGGACAUUACAACAGGUGCAUGUCUUCACAGCAUUCAACCUCAAAUGGGCGUGAAAAUACAAACACUUUCACUCAUACCUAGCACGACUAGCACUCAACAGCAAAUGGUGGCUAUCCUAGCAAAUAGUACAGCUACCAUCUUGAAUGAUAAGGGAAAGGUGAUACGGAAGAUUACCAACAAAUCAGACUCUCAAUUCCUCACUGGCACAGUAUCACAUCAGGGCAAGCUCUUAUAUACACUGUCUGAAGAUUCAUUUAUGCAUUGCUUCAAAAUAUCAAGUGGCGAGCUGUUGGGCCAACUCAAAGUGUGUGAAGAGGAAGUGAUUGGGAUAUCCAGUCAUCCAUUUACGAAUGUAAUCGCUGUCAAUAGCGAAAAAAAUCGUAUAUAUCUGUACAGACAUGAGGAAAAGACAUCAAACGACCAAUAA